AACCGCGUUAAAGCAGCCGCAGGAUUUACCGGCGCCAUCAGUCAGUGUUUCCUGUUUAAAUGAGCAGAGAGGAGACUCCAAUAUGGAUAUCCGACCAAACCACACCAUCUACAUCAACAACAUCAAUGACAAAGUCAAGAAAGAAGAGAUGAAGCGCUCGCUGUACGCGCUCUUCUCUCAGUUCGGUCAGAUCCUCGAAGUCGUGGCCAUGAAGACUAUGAAGAUGAGGGGUCAGGCCUUCGUCGUCUUCAAAGAACUCGCCGCCUCCACAAACGCCCUGAGGCAGCUGCAGGGCUUCCCCUUCUACAACAAGCCCAUGAGGAUACAGUACGCAAAGACGGACUCUGAGGUCAUCGCCAAGGUGAAGGGAACGUACGGCGACAAGGAAAAGAAGAAGGACAAGAAGAAGAAGGCUCUGGAGCCAGCAACCAGCCUGAUAAAGAAACCUGCAGCGGGAUCGGCAGCACCUGUUCACUCUCCUGCAGCACAGGUGCCCGACAAUCCACCAAACUACAUCCUGUUCCUGAACAACCUGCCCGAGGAGACCAACGAGAUGAUGCUCUCCAUGCUCUUCAACCAGUUUCCUGGGUUCAAAGAGGUGCGUCUCGUCCCGGGGAAACACGACAUCGCCUUUGUGGAGUUCGAGAGCGACACGCAGGCGGGCGUGGCUAAAGACGCGCUGCAGGGCUUCAGAAUCACGGCCACCUGCGCCAUGAAGGUCACCUACGCCAAGAAGUAGUCCCAGCCGGGUCUGAUCAUGUGACACAAAGAGACUCUGAGUGGGGGGGGGGGCGGUCCCUGGAUAUCCGUUGUUCCUACAGAUCCUUUGGUUUUUGUAAAUCCUGCAGAGCUUUUUUAAAAGUUGUGCUUCUUUUUUUUUUUUUACUUUUUGUUUCGUAAAGUUUGUGAAGUCGAGCGGCCUCCAUCUUUACUUGUAAAAUAAAACACUUUUACAUAAA